AUGCUUUGGCAGGUAUGGAUUGGCAAUAACGAUAAAGAAUUAUCGAACCUUAACUCAGAUGCGAAGAGCAAAAAUAUAAAAAAUCUCGAAGGAAUUAUUGGUGAUUACUGGUCUGGGCAACCUCGUAAAGAGUUUACCCAUGUCAUUGUUUAUUCUCCAUAUUUAAACAUUUUACGAAAGCUGGAUAGUUUAACGAUACCGAGUCAAGCUUUAAAUCCCGCAAAUAUAUCUCUACAACAGCUUUAUAACGAACAAUAUAUCAAACAAGAAAAUAUAUUGUGUUACAAUAGAACAAAUGUAGAAUUUACACACAAAUGCAAGAUUAAAGAUAUUUACAAUGUUAAGAAACUCUCGGUCAUUCUUACCUCUGCUGACAAUAUUAGAAG